AUGAUUCGCCAAACGAGGAAAAAGUUUGAAACCGAAGAGUUAAGGACUGAAAGCACUGGCAAUCAGUUGUUGAGGAAUGACUCCGUUUGGAACAUCGGCUCUGAUGUCAGCACUACUUCUCAGAGGGUCGAAGACGAGGAGGAGAAUGAAGACGACAAGAAUGUGGACGUCGUCUCAGAUGUCGGAGAUAAUGACAAAGAGGUCGACAUCGAGAAGUCUAGCGAUGCCUCCAAUAGUGGACUCAAUAACAGAGAUUCCUCUGAAACCAAAGCUGGCAAUGAUGUGACAGAUGGCCAAGAUAUAAAGCCACUCGAAAACGGAUUAUCAUCUCAACAGUCAAAUAUUCACAAUAACAGUGAUAUUGAAAACAUUGAAGACAUUCACGAAACGAUAUAUUUGUUGCGGAAACGGAUCCGAGAGUUGGAGAACAAGGAGAACGAUAGCGUGAAUAAUGAGUCGCCGUAUAGAAGCCUACCGUCGAUGGCCUAACACCUGCUCCCUCUCCAGACGACGACAACAUUUGCUUAAAUGUGUUGAUAUUUGGUGUGAAAAAUCUACAACCGAUUGAUUGCUUUUAAACUUCUUGAUGACUAAAACAUCUGUAACUCAUUUUUGGCUCAUUUUUUGCUAUAAGUCAGCAAUACUUCGAUGAAUUAGUAGACAGUUUUCGGCGUAAACUCAACGCUCGACACAAACACUAAUUGCUUAUUUGGAUAACUAUUUUAGAUAAUCUUUUCUCCUCCGAGAUUAUAUAACAAGAGUUACGCUGUAUUUUGUUUGAGUACUUGUUUUGUUUAAACUAUAUAUAACUUAGACUAUAAUUUAAGUAACGUUUUUGUCGCCAAUUGUAUGUAU